AUCAAGGAUGGCAAAGACACGUAAUAAUACCGGGACCAAGAUCAGGAAAACAUCGAGAGUGCAAGAAGCGGAGGCUGGUAUUGAAAGCGAGAAGGAAACCGAGGAGAUAAGCACACCACAAUCAAGUAAAUCAAAGAAACAGAUCAAGAAGUAUCCUACGCCGAACAAUUCUUCGAGACCGGGAUCCUCCAAGACGCGACCAACGUCACGAUCUAGUAGUGAUAAGGUGAAUACGACCCCGGGGAAGAUAACGAAGAAGUUAAUGAAGGAAGGGAAGAAACGAGAAAUAACAGAGGCGGAGAUUGUGAAAAGUAAGGAUGUGAAGGGAUUAAUAGCCAUUAUGAAUUCGUUAGUGAAUAAUGAACAGGAUGAAAUAUAUGAUAAGUUCAAGAAGCAAAACGAAGAGGUGAUAAGUAAGGAUGAAGAGAUUAUUCGAGAGAUGAGUGAAAAGAUUGAACAACAACAAGAUACGAUUGAACAAUUAAUAGGGAUGAUUCCAAAAAAGAAUUCCAAUGAAAGUAUACUACAAUUGAAUGAAACGCCAUUAAAGGGGAAAAAAUUAGGGGAAGAGUAUCCUGAUUUAUCAUAUAAUAAUACUGCCCAAACCACGUAUGAAUCACCCAUUAGGAAGAAGAAGAAUAUAACCAAUCAAUUUACGAACGAGCCCGAACUCAUUAACGAAGACCAAUUGAAUAAAGAAUUAAAGACGAUCAGUAUAAUAUUGGAUAUGUUAGAAUUGUUAACUGGAUUAAGAAUUGUUAACUACGAGGAAGAUGAGAGUAAAUUCUACUUUGAUGUUAAACAGGUUAAUACUAAUGAAAAAUUGACGAUCCAUAUAGAAUAUAAAUUAAUUAUACAGAAAGAUUUUGAAAUUGCCGCCGAAGUGAAUUAUUUACCAACGUUUUUGAAUGAUUUAGAAGAUGACAAUGAAGAAAGACGAAGUGUUACCGGAUUAUUUUUGUGA